AUGCCGCCAUUCACCCCAAAACAUGCUGGCGAUAAAUCAGUCACCAAGGAAGCUCCGAAGGAUAAAAUGAUCUCCGAAGCGGGUUAUAUGGAGCUAAUGAAAAACGGCUCAAGGUGGAAUUCACGGGCGAUCAAUGAGAGAAAGCGCCGUCUGCCGUUCUUUGAUCAAGAGACUUCGAAAGCUCACGACGCCUGGGCCGGUCUACAUCGAACUCCUUACCAUCGAUACCCUAGCGACAACCCUGAACAUGUUAUUCGCUACAAGCAGCUGCGCUGGAAGCAGAAGGCUUCCGCUCCUCCUUCGGACAAAGCCCUCUACGCCCUUUUUGUACGCCAAAAUCCGGCGAUUGCUGAUGCAGCAGCCAAGCAAGGAAAUUCCGAGCUUACCGAGCUUGUUCCUGCUAACGACAACUCGAUGGAUGCUUUCGUGGCUCAAGAAUUGGCCGGAAUUCCGCCGCCUUCUGUUCCGACCGGAAAACGGAAAUACGACGACUUCGUGGGCGAGGACGACGAGCUGUACAACUUUUCGGAUAGCGGCUCGGACAAUGAGGACUGGGCGGCCAAGCGUCGCGGCCGCAAGUCAAAGCCGUCGACGAUGAAGGAAAAACGGAAGUACAAAAGCAAACCGGGUCUGAUCCACCACCGCGCUUUCUGGCACGGACUCUUCCCGCCUCCAAAUGCUCCACCACCAAUGAAACUUUUCUCCCCCAACGUCGACGUCUCCACCGAAUGCGAUUUCUGCAACGGGGACCGCUUCAAGAACGGCGAGGGCAAGGCCGAGGAGCUGGUGUCGUGCCAUGAUUGUGGGCGUUCAGGCCAUCCAACGUGCCUGAAAUUUACGAACAACAUGCAAAUGUCGACGACCAAAUUUGGUUGGCAAUGCAUCGAGUGUAAGAGUUGCGCAAUUUGCGGGACCUCGGAGAAUGACGACAAGCUGCUGUUCUGUGACGAUUGCGAUCGCGGGUUCCAUCUGUACUGCUUGCGGCCGCCUUUGGAGUCGGCACCGGAAGGGGAGUGGUCGUGCCAUAUGUGCCAACGAGCUUUCGGGCCAAGCGCCAGCGCUCCGGGAGCACCGCCAACAGCCCCGGUCUUCUUCCCGCCGAUGGGCAUGCCGGGCGGUGUGCCAAUGCCACCAAUACAACCUGUGCCGCCUGCCCGAGCGCCGUCAUCCGAGAAAACAUCUAAGAAA